AUAACUUGAACAGAACUUAUGCUAGCAAAUAUAUGCCCAUAAUUGUUAAGUGAACACCAGCCGCCAACAUGGCAAUCAUACUUUAUGGACAUUAAUGUUUUGGCUUUCUUGGUUCCAGCUGGCAUAAUAGCAUGCUUUCUUCCACUAUCAGAUGUCAGUUCCUUUGCUGUCCUUUGUAUCGUAACAACCGUAUAUUUCCAAGGAGUCAUGGUUCGGCUGAUGCUUGUAUUCAUUCCAACGGCAUGCAUUAUGGCUGGAAUUGCUCUUUCUGGAGCUUUUGAUGUUUUCACAUGCUCGGGCAAAUUUCAACUGCCUGGAUUAGUAGGGGAUUCUGAUGUAACCGUGAUCUUGGUCUUCCUUUUUCUUGCUUGUGCACAUUGUUGGAGUCAUGUGGUCUUCACCACACACCAUUUGAUGGUCCCAGGUAACAGGAUCGAAGUGAAGACGGGACGAGCACAUGCGUCUCAGUAGAGAGAUUUACUCAUAUAAUCAGCAUAACAAUGCCCGAAAAUUCAAAAUUAUCUGAAUGGAUUUUUGACUAUCUAUCGCCAGAUUUUAUAUUCUGAUACGUUGUAAUUCAUCUAAAACUUUGUAUUUUCACCUUGAAAAGUUAAGCUGUUUGUGGUCUAAUUGCUUUAAACUAAAAAUUUGAACAAGGUCUUCUUCAAGUUAUUGGUUUGUAUGAAUUGAUACAAGUGAAAAUGUAGCAGGGAAAGCCCAAACAAAGACGGAAGUAUUUCAAA